ACUUAUUUGGGUCACAAUAAGUACACAAAAAGAUAGCAAUCCACCUACUAAUCUAGUUGUGAUAAGAUGGGUAAUAAUAAAAGUUAGGUAAUCGUUGAUGGGGUCGAUACACACCACACUCGUGUAUACUUCUGAGCCAGAAUUGUGAGGUCAACAUGUAAACUACAAUUCCAUAAAUAAGCUCAGAGUGGAGAAAAAGUUAAGAGCACAGGACAGAAUCGAUUCAUCUCAUCCAAAAAAAAAUGAAGUUGCGAAUCGCGAGAGGAGAAGUGUGUCUAAGGUUAUCAGCAAUACUGUUUUUGGUAUUAACUACAUGCUUGGUUGCUUUUGAUACUCAAACCAAGGUUGUAUUCUUGGGUAUUCAGAAAAAAGCUACCUACAAUGACUUGAAUGCUCUCAAGAUCUUGGUGUAUGCUACAUCUGCGGCUGCAGGUUAUAAUCUGCUUCAAUUAUGCAAACACUCAACUUGCUCCAGAGGAAACUUGAAAGGGUCGGAUAUGUACGUGGCUUGGAUUUCUUUAUUCUUGGAUCAGAUUGCUGCGUACAUUACAUUUGGAACAAACACUGCAUCAGUUGGAGCAUCGAUGAUAGCAGUGAAAGGGUCAGAAGCGUUUCAGUGGGUAAAGGUUUGUGACAGAUUCACGAGAUUCUGCAUCCAAAUAGGAGGAGCGUUCCUCUGUGGCUAUGUAGCGUCCAUCUUGAUGGCUCUGAUAUCCACCAUCUCAGCCUACAGAGUGUUCAGGAUGUAUUCCCCAAAGUGGUUCCUGCGUUUGAAGAGCACGUCAUGAUCAUCACUGUUAUUGUUAUUGUUAGUAUCUUCUUCUUCGUGUUCUGGAAACUUUUUUUUUUUUUAAUUCAAUGUAUUCUGGAAAGUUUUCAACAUGAAGCAAAAAUAUAUAUGACGAAACUUUGUGAAGAAAAUCUCGGAGAGUUUGUUGUUAGAUGCUUU